AUGAGAGUGUAUGAAGUGACGAUCUAUUCAAAUGACUACGGUAUUGUAAAGGGCCUGCAGAAGUGUGUACCGAAAACCAAGGAUGGGGUGACCACGGUGGAGGUUGAGCUGCCAAGCACAGUUUGUGACUUGAAGAAUGUGAAGACAGUGGAAGGUGAGGGCUACGUCGUAAAGAACACGGCGCUGGUAACUAAGUUUGUUACUGAGCAAGCAGCCGUUGAGCGCUUGUCGUCAGAAGCACAAGCGUUGUACCACAAGAUCAAAGGCGUUAUCAAGGAGAUGACCUUGGUGGAGAUAAAGAGGAACGAGUUCCAGAAGAAGAAAGAGGUUCUUCAGCAACUCUGCACCAGUUGCCGGCCAUACGACGGCAAGCGGGAACAAGGAGUCGACCAGGACAAGCCUGAAGAACGGCAAGGCGUUGAAGAACGGCAAGGCGUUGAAGAACGGCAAGGCGUUGAAGAACGGCAAGGGGGCGAUGUAUACAGUGGCAGUUGGCGUGGCAGAGGUCCUGCUGGGGGGCAGAUUGUCUCUUCGAUCGCGGAUACUCACUUGGACGCGUUCAACAGGAUGUCGGUGUUGGACCUGCAACUAGUGGAACUCAACAUAAACUCCGAGAGGCUGAAAGCCCAGGCUCUGGCGCUGAACCAGGAUUUCGCGGAUCUUACGGGAGACGUGACCAUCCCGACCGUGGCGAAAAGACUGGAGCGCAACGGGGAAGGGCGUCAAGAUGUUCUCAAAUGUUUCACAAAGUUUGAAAAAGCGUCUGCAAAAGAGAUGAAGACGGCCGUCCUCGUCGUGGGGAAGGAGUCGUCCGGGAAGGAGUCGUCCGGGAAGGAGUCGUCCGGGAAGGAGUCGUCCGGGAAGGAGUCGUCCGAGAAGGAGUCGUCCGGGACGGAGUCGUCCGGGACGGUGGAGGUGGAUUUGGAAUUGGGUGUUGUGGGGGUUUCGUGGAAGCCUUUGUAUGACUUCAGGUUCGACAGUGGGAGUACGAAUGAGUGUUCUGUUGGUUACAUUGCCAACGUCUUCCAGCAGAGUCAGAUGGAGUUUGGUUCGGACACGAUCAUUUACCUGAGUACGACGGAUAGCUUUAAGCGUCGGGAACCGGUUCUGGGUGGGAAGCGUUACGUGGACCUUCGGGUGGAGCAGCCGCCAGCAAUGAUGGCUCGGUCGAACCGCAUGAUGACAAGUCGGGUGAUGAAGAAGAAGCGCGCGGAUACCGUGGAAAGAGCGGAGGAGGAGUGUUGCGAUGAGGUCACCGCAGACGCCGGCGCUACCGAGGAGAGAGAGGGUUUCGCUGAUCGGCGACUGCGACUAAAGGCGGGCACUGUGCUGCGGCACAGCCCCGUGCCGCAGAGGGUGUAUGUGGCGGAGAUCCGUCUGCCGUGUGCGCUGUACCACCACGUAGUUCCCCGUAGCAAGCUGUGCGCGUACCGAGCGGGCUAUAUUCGGAAUGAAUCUGACUGGAGCUUACUCCCCAGCACCGCCAGCAGUGUGUACCUGGACAACCGUCUGUGCUGCGUGAGUCGCAUCCACCGGCUCUGUGCGCCCGGUGAUGAGCUCUGUCUCUACUUUGGCGUCGACCCAUCAGUCUCGCUGUCCGUGCUGCAUUCCCAAGACGCCGUGGUCGGUUCCACCGGAAGCUUCUUCACUGGCACGGGUCAGAAACAGAGUUCUCACUUUCGCUAUCGAGUCUCCAACGACCAUUCUGACCGUCCCGUUAAAGUGGUCUUCUCGCACGCACUACCUACAAGCAAAAAUCAACAAGUUAAAGUCGUCGUAAAAGACACGCAAAUCGCCAAAGACCUACAACGCCUCAAGAGCCAACCCCUUCGAUCCCUCUCUUCACUUCGACCCACUCCUGACGGCACAACGACAAACACCGCACACGGCGUUAUUGCCUACGACUCCGAUGUGAUCGCCGUUUACAAAAAUCCCAAUACCAGUUUCUUGUUCAACGAUAAGUUUGGCUCCGUAAUCGAACUUAUUGACCUGCCACCGAAACAGUCCGCCGUCACCACCGGCCUCAGCUUCAAGAUCGAAUACCCCCUCGACAAAGAACUAGAAAUUUUUAGUGCAUGA